UCCAUUCAAGAAACUUGCAGAGGAGGAAAAUCAUUACUUUGAUUUAUUACCAGGGCUUUCUUUAUUCAAAGGCAAUAAUCACCUCACAGAGCAGGUGCCAUUGCAGGGGUUUAUUGAUCCUAUGCCCUUCCAGAAAUUUCAGGAGGCUGUCACUCUGGCAGGAGACGGAGAAGGUCAAAGAAAAAGAAGUCCAUCUUUGCGCAGGCUAAAUAGAAGCGGGAGAAACUCUCCAGCCAGCGGUCCACUGCUCCAGGGACACUCGGCAUCUUUUCUUUCAGAAGAGGGGCUGGAGCAGAGAAAACGCUCAGCGCUUGCAACGGUCAAGUGAGAGGGAAAGAGGAAGGCGACAGGGAGCUGCUAGGGGCGGGAGAAAGGGUCUUCAGCUCCCGAUCAAGAUCCCGAAGAGUUAAAUACUACCACGCAGCCCGACCUGGUGGGAUUUGCUUCUGGGUGCAAAACGGGACACUGAUCAAAAUCAAGUUGGACAAGUGACGAGGCUGAGUCUGAUGUUGGUGGAUGUCUUUUAACAUCUCAGGAGGGCAGAGGACCGGAGACACUGUGCUCAGGGGUGGUUGGAAAGAAGCAGCAUUGAGUCCAGGGAGGGGACGUCAAGAGACACGGAGCCGGGAAACAGAGGGACGAAUGAGCGGGGAAAAGAGAGAGGAAGAGUUGACGAAAAGUAUUGCGCAACGAUGCACAGCUAUCAAGUAUCACUUCUCUCAGCCAAUCCGCCUACGAAACAUUCCUUUCAAUUUAACCAAGACAAUACAGCAAGACGAAUGGCACCUGCUCCAUUAGAUUUGAGAAGAAUCACUGCCGGCUUCCUGGGCAUGGCGGUGGCUGUGCUGCUCUGCGGCUGCAUUGUGGCCACGGUCAGUUUCUUUUGGGAGGAAAGUCUGACCCAGCACGUGGCUGGCCUCCUGUUCCUCAUGACAGGAAUAUUUUGCACCAUUUCCCUCUGCACUUACGCUGCCAGCAUCUCCUAUGAUUUGAACCGCCUCCCAAAGCUAAUUUAUAGCCUGCCUAACGAUGUGGAACACGGCUACAGCUGGUCUAUCUUUUGCGCCUGGUGCAGUUUGGGCUUUAUUGUGGCUGCUGGGGGUCUCUGCAUCGCCUAUCCAUUUAUUAGCCGGACCAAGCUUGCACAUCUAAAGUCUGGCAGGGACUCCACGGUAUGACUGUCCACAUUCAAGUCCAUGCUCGGUGGCCCAUGCACACUGCGGCAGACUCCUGAGGGGAACAGAGCGGAGUUCGCAUCAGGAUCCCAAGCACAAAGCGGUCUUUUACAUUCCAACCUGUUGCCUGCCAGCCCUUUCUGGAUGACUGAUAUAAAAAUCAUGCAAAACCUCCAUACCUUUCUUAGGAUAAGACUACUGUGGAUUCAAGUGCUUUAAUGACUAUGCUUUGACUGUGAGAAAUAGGGAGCAGUGCCAUGGAACGUUUCUAGGUUUAGGAAAAAAAGGAAAUUGCGAUGGAAAAAUUUGUAUGGUUGCCAUUUAUUUCAGAAAGUUUGUAUAUAACAAUUACCUGAGAGUCAUUUUUAUUUGCAAAAGGAUUCAUAACAAAGCGAAUAUAAUUUUCUUGUCAUUGUACCACGCUUGUUAAAUUUCAACGCAGCAUCUUCAGAACUUGUCCUAACAGUGUCUCCUGUCAGCACCAAAUGUUUGUGUUUGUGGCUGUUCUGUGUCACAGGAAGAUUCUUCUUCUGUUGCCUUAUUUAUUUUUUAAUUGAAGUCUCUUCUCUGUCUUUGUACUGGAAUCACAAUCAUAAGGAAAACAGAUCAACCAUGUAAGAGCUAAUCCGUGACACUAUGCAGUAUUGUUUGAAGUCCUAUCUGUUGUCCAACCUCCGUCUCUUUAUGUUAACUGGAUUUCCGCAUUAAACGACUGGCCCCUUGUUAAUCCAGGUGUGCUUUCCUGCCUUCCACCUGUGGCAAUAGGUUUCCCAGCCACACAGACAGAUGAGAACCUUGUUUUAAUAAGAGUAUAAU